AUGUUAUUUUUUGGAAGAGUUAUUUCUCAAGAAAAACAAGUUCAACUGACUGAAGUUAAUUUUGAAGUAGAGACUGUUGGUAACAAUGCUAAAGUUAAAGCCAUUCACUCAAUAUUGAAUGAUUCUAAUGAUGAUUGUAAUGUUAGUAUCACUAUGACAUUGGAUGAUGAAUCAGCUGUUACUGGAUAUUCAUUCAAAACAGCUAAUGGAGAUUUUGAUUCAGAACUAAAAGAAAAAGAACAAGCUAAAAUUGAACAAAGUGAUGCAACAACAAAUGGAUAUAGUUCAGCUGUAAUGGAACAAGUUGAUGAUACAACAUUCAGUAUUACACUUGGACUAAUCAAUAAACAUAGUGAAGUAACAUUUAGUAUUGAAUAUCUUACACAUAUGGAGAUUCAAGAUGACGAGUUAGUAAUGAAGAUUCCUAACUUGAUUGAGUCAGAUGAAAAACAACAAAUCCCAUAUUCAAUCAAAGUUACAGGAAGUUCCACAUUCAGUUUUAAAGGGGUAUUAAGUGGAGAAGAGGAAGUUAAUAUUCCAUUAAAUGGGGAUUUAAUACUUGGAAUGAAAGACGAAGAUACAGAUGAAGUUGUCAUUUCAUCCACAUUCAUCAAUAAAGAAAAAGAAGGAAAUAUUAAUAUUGUCUUCAUUUGUGAUAGAAGUGGAAGUAUGUAUGGAGAAGGAAUCAAAGCAUUAAGAAAUAUGUUACAAUUAUUCUUAAGACAAUUACCACUAAACUCCAAAUUUCAGAUUAUUUCAUUUGGAAGUACAUAUGACUUUAUAUUUAAAGAAAUGACAGAAUAUAAUGAAGAUACAUUAAAGUUUGCAUCAGAAACUGUUUCACAUUUUGAAGCAAAUUAUGGAGGAACAAAUAUGCAUGCACCAUUGAAAGCAUUGAUUGAUAAUAAUACGGAGAAGUGUCAUAUAAUUUUAUUAACUGAUGGAUAUGUCGAUAAUAAGACAAGUACAAUUGAAUACAUUAGAACUCUUUCAAAAAAGAAUUCAUUACAUGGAGUUGGAUUAGGAAGAAGUUGUGAUGUAGAAUUAAUUAGAAAUAUAGGUCGAAUUGGUAAUGGAAUUUCAGCCAUUUCUAAAAACCCAAAUGUAUUGAAGAAAGAAGUUUCAAAAAUCACUGAGCGUAUUCUCAUUCCAUCUAUUAAUGAAUGUACAGUUGAAUGGAAUAUUAAAGGAGAGAUAACACCAAAAGAAAUUAGUAAUUUCUAUGGAAUGACAACAUGUUAUAUUCAAUGCAACGAAGAAAUUAAAGAAGGACAAAAUAUCGAAAGUGAAAUAAAAGGAAGAUGUGGAGAAAAAGAAGUCACAUACAAGAAUACAAAAAGCAUUAACAUAACCAAAGGAAUUAUUGUUCAUCAAUUAAUGGCACUUAAUCAAAUCAGAAAAUUAGAAAGUGAAAACAAAAAAGAAGAAGCAAAAAAAUUAUCAAUGAAAUAUCAUGUUCUUUGUAAAGAAACAGCAUUUAUUGCUGUUGACAAAACAACCAAAAAAGAAGUUGACUUUAUCAAG